AUGUCAGGUGUGUGGGUGUUCAAGAACGGUGUUUACCGGUUGGUUGAAAACCCGGCGGCGGAACAUGGCGCCGCGUCCCGGAAGAAGUGUUUGGUGUACUUGCCGACAGGGCAGGUGGUAACCUCGUACCGGUGUCUGGAGCAAAUCCUGACGGGGUUGGGGUGGGAGAGGUAUUACAGUGGUGACCCUGACCUCUUCCAGUUCCACAAGCAAUCCUCCAUUGACCUAAUCUCUCUCCCCAGGGACUACAACAAGUUCAACUCCAUCUACAUGUACGACAUCGUCGUUAAAAACCCUAACCUUUUCCAGGUCCGAGAUGGCUAA